AGCACACAUUUAUUUACAUGGACGUAGAAAUGUGCCUUUUUCCCCCAAAAAUACCUCACCAGUCUGCAAAUGAGAAGAACGGAUAUAUUUGAUUGGACGUUCAUUGAGAUUCCUCCACUGCCGCACUUACUUAGCUUCUCUCCCUCCUGCUCUUUCUUCAUCCUCCCCUUCCCCAGCCUCCCUUUUCUGCCCCUUUCUGCCCCCAAAAAUCCCACAAAUAAAUAGAAAGCCCUAACUCAGCUGCUGGCGAGCACCAUGAAUUUUCUAGCCAUCCACUCACAUCCUGAGUCGGGAAAGGAAAAAUAAGGGGGGAAGCCAAGAUUGAAAACAGAUGCAGGCAGUCUCUGCAGGAGAGAGAGAGAGAGAGAGAGAGAGAGAGAGAGAGAGAGAGGGAGAGAGAGAGAGGGAAAGAGGGAGUGAGAGAGAGCUUUUUCAGCAGAGCUGCAAACCCUGAAAGAAAGACAUAUGUCUGACUCUCCCUAUCAAACUGGGGCAAAGUAAUCUACUUUCUGAGAUUUAUAGGAGACUUGCAAUCAAUUAAGAUGUAUCCAUCCGUUUGUGACGUAUUUGGCUGUGUUUUUUAGGAAGUGUGUAUGGCUAGUUUGCAAAAAAAAUUAGCUCUGUUCUAAAAGGCAAAUGUAAACAGGACAGCGGUUAUCAUCUUUUGUGAACUGUCGCGCUUUGAGAAGUGGUGGGAGCUGCCUUGGACAUUCUGAGCUUUGGUGAUUCCUCACACUGUUGAAAUUUCCGAACGGUUCCUGCAGUGAACAGGAAGACAUUAAAACCAGUCGCUGAGCUCCUUUUUGUAGCCCUGAGGAUCUUAUGCACUUCAUGUAAGAGGAUAAUCCAUUACCAAUCAUCUCUGCACUAUGAGGAGCUGCUGGGACAGUGCUUUUGGGGUGUUCUUUGCAGUGUUACUGCAGCUCUGCCCGGGGGGAUGGAGCCUUGAAACCAACCCCAGUAACCCAGAGGUCAUUCUGGCCCCUAACUCCUCCCUGACCGUGGUGUGCUCCGGCUGGACUGAGGUGACGUGGCAGACGCCCCACGACUCCAACCUGGAACUGGAGGGACUGGAGGUUGAUGACCAGGGGACCUCCAGCGUGCUCCAGCUGAGCAACGUGACCUGGAUGCACACAGGGCUGUAUGUGUGUGAGGAGCCCGCCGCACGGGAAACCAAGGAGAUCUCUGUGUUUGUGCCAGACCCUGAGGUGUGGUUUGUCUCCGUGGGGUCAUCUCUGGUGAUGAAGGAGGGCGAGGAAGGCACCAUCCCCUGCGUGGUCACGGAUCCUCGCAUCAGUGUGACCCUGUAUGAGAAAACCAGCCAGACGCCCAUCCAGGGACGGUACAGGCCCAGCGAGGGCUUCACCGCUGCCCUCAACGACACCUCCUACAUCUGCAGAGGAGUCCUGGAUGACCAAGAGAAGGAGUCCCGGGUGUUCUACGUUUUCAGCAUCGUAGUUCCACAAAGCAUGGAUGCAUUCAUAACUGCUUCGAAGACCGUUGUGAAAGAAGGCGAGCCACUGACCGUGAACUGCACGGUGAAAGGAGCAGAGAUUGUUUUCUUUGAGUGGGACUACCCUCGAGAGGAGAAAACGCUUGAGCCACUGACGGACUUUCUGCCAAGUCGAGACACUCUGCGCUCCUGCCUAAACAUCGCCAAUGCCACACUUCAGGACUCCGGCAACUACGUGUGCCGUGUCAAUGAUACUAUGGAGGGCCAUUCAGCAAUAGACAACAUCACCAUCACUGUAUUACAGAGAGGCUUUGUUCGACUGGACACAGAUCUUCCGGUGAACAUCUCUGCCCAGCUUUAUGAGAACGUAGAGCUCUAUGUGCCCAUCGAGGCGUACCCUGCUCCUCAGGUGCGCUGGACCAAAGACAACGAGACUCUCAGUGGCGACUCUGUGACAGUGGACACGAAGAAAGUGCAUGGCACCAGUUAUGUGAGCAUUUUGACUCUAGUAAGGGUCAGAAUGGAGCAGAAUGGCCUCUACAAAAUCCAUGUGUCAAAUGAGGAUGAUUGGAAGGAAGUGACCUUUGAAGUGCAGGUCAAGGCUCCGCCUCAGAUCACAGAGCUGUCAGACAUCCACAUGGACGAAGGCCACGGGGUGCUGUGUUCAGCCGAGGGUGUCCCCACGCCGACCAUCUACUGGUACAGCUGUCGGAGCUCACAGAGAUGCAGUAAUAAAACGACCCCUUGGAAGCUUCUCAUCCCCGACCCUGAAAACAUCGACAUCCAGACGAAUGUGACGGAGGCGGGGGGCCGUGGCAAGAGCCGCGUGCGUAGCGUGGUGACGUUCCAGCGCAUGGACGACAUCACCUCAGUGCGGUGUGAAGCACGCAACGACAGAGGCCGCAGAGCCUGGGACAUCAAACUAGUGUCCAACUCUCUUUCUUCUCAAGUGGCUGUGAUGGCUGCUGUGCUAGCCUUGGUGGUCAUCGCAGUCAUUUUCCUCAUCAUCCUAAUUGCUGUUUGGAGAAAGAAACCUCGCUAUGAGAUCCGAUGGAAGGUGAUUGAGUCUGUGAGUUCAGAUGGCCAUGAGUAUACCUAUAUGGACCCUAUGGCUCUACCUUAUGAUUCAGUUUGGGAAGUACCUCGCGACAGCCUUGUUUUGGGUCAUACUCUAGGGUCUGGGGCCUUUGGGAGGGUGGUUGAGGCCACUGCCUAUGGCCUGGGCCCCUCUCAGUCCACCACUAAAGUCGCAGUGAAGAUGCUGAAGUCUACUGCAAGGAGAAGUGAGACUCAGGCUCUGAUUUCUGAACUCAAGAUUAUGAGUCACUUGGGGCCCCACCUAAACAUUGUCAAUCUGCUGGGGGCAUGCACAAAGCGAGGUCCUAUCUACCUCAUAACUGAGUACUGUCGUUAUGGUGACCUGGUGGACUACCUUCACCGUAACAAGCACACCUUCCUACAGUACUACACCGACAAGAACCGCAGGGACACCGAAAUGUGCCGGGAAAAUGCAGACAGUGCAGGCAACACUCAGGGCAAAAGUGAGUCUGAUGGGGGGUACAUGGACAUGGCCAAGGAGGACUCGUUGGAAUAUGUGCCUAUGCAAGAACUGACUGAUACUAUCAAAUAUGCUGAAAUUGAACCUUCUGUUUAUGAAACGCCCUACCAACAAGAAAACUACCAGGGACAAGGCCAAGAGAGGUCUCUGGCAAUCAGUGACUCUCCUAUUCUCAGCUACAUGGACCUUGUGGGCUUUGGAUUCCAAGUGGCCAAAGGAAUGGAAUUCCUGGCAUCUAAAAAUUGUGUUCAUCGUGACCUUGCUGCCAGGAAUGUGCUGAUAUGCGAAGGGAAGCUUGUGAAGAUCUGUGACUUUGGGCUUGCAAGAGACGUCAUGAAUGAUUCCAACUACAUCUCAAAAGGCAACACGUUCCUGCCUCUGAAGUGGAUGGCACCAGAGAGUAUAUUCCAGAACUGUUACACUGCCAUGAGCGACGUAUGGUCUUUUGGCAUUCUGUUAUGGGAAAUCUUCACCCUAGGAGGAACACCUUACCCUGACAUCCCGAUGAAUGAACAGUUCUACAAUGCCUUAAAGAAAGGCUACAGAAUGCCCCGGCCCACACAUGCUACUGAUGAAAUAUAUGAGAUUAUGUGCAAGUGCUGGAAUGAGAAGUUUGAAAAAAGACCCCCAUUCUCUCUUCUGGGACAUUCUUUGGGAAGCAUGUUAACCGACAGCUAUAAGAAGAGGUACUACCAGGUGAACGAAAACUUCUUCAAGAGCGACCACCCUGCUGUGAUGCGCAGAAGACCGGCACAGCCUGACGCAAACUACGCAGACACUCCAGAACUUGUGGGGAGUGGGGAGGAGAUGACCCCGGCUGGUAGUGAUACCUUCAGUGAAUACAUCGUCCCUAUUCCAGACAUCAACGCCAAAGCAGCCUGUGAACUGGACGAUACAGCCUCGCUAAGCACCUCAAGCCCCCAGAGCCCUGAGGACAACACAAGCACAGCGUCGGUGGGUUUCCCUGAGGCAAUUGUUGUGGAGGUAUGCCCAGCCCCAGAGGAGCCGGCCGGCCAUGAGAACGCAACCGUUCCAGAAGAGGAGCAAGGUCCCUCGCCCGAACAAGAACCUCAAGAUGAAGAACAAAUUGAGGAACCCUCUCUUCCUGACGCUCCAGAGGAGUCGGCGAGCCCGGGGCAAGAGGGGCAACAGGAGGAAGCUACUUGCACACCAGAAAUUGAAGAAAGUUUUCUGUAACGUCUUGGGAAUAAUUGUGCUGAUUCAGUGAAAGGUUGUGUAUGACAAAUAAGGGAAAUGCAUGUGUUUCAUAUGGAAGAUGUCAAGGUGCUUUGGAAUAUGGGUCUCUGCCCCUUGAUCUGUUGUUGUAUGUGAUAUAUGCAGCACAUUCAAACUAUACCAUACACAGUCAAACAAAACAAAAUCAGUAACCUGAUGUAAUUGCACUCAUAUACUAUUUUUCAGGUUUAUUAUGUGCUUUUUAUGUAAACAUGUAUGAAUGAAUAUUUGCAGUAACUCACCAGAUGAGGUGCAGGUACUUUGUCUCCUUUCAGGUAAUCUGUAGCUGUAUGUGAUCCACAUCGGUCUUACAGCUGCAGCUGGUAAAUACCUUUACACAGAGUACUACUACCAUGACAAUGUUUUUACCGAGAACCCAAGUGACCCUGGAGGCUCUUGGAUUGAGCCUGCUAUCUUAACAUAGAAAGUGAUGCUGCAUAGUAUAUUCAUAUUUAGAGGAUUCAGUAUUUUAAUGCCGUUUGUUGGAAGAAAAACGAUCACUUAUUCACCACCAGCAGCUAAUACAGUGCUUCAGUUCUGCAGCGUUUUGUUGAUGUGUCCGCUCAGAGUUAUUUGUAAAUUGUGCACUUUAGAAAUCUGAGUUGUAAUUACGUUUGGUACCUCAUAAAUGUGGAGGAAAUACCUGCAUAGGAUAGACGUGUACUUACUACUUACAGUUUGUGAGUAAUUGUGAAGUGUGCUGAGGGGAAAUGCACAAAGACUUAGUUUUAAGUAGUAUCUUGCUCAAGUAUCUUAAGUGAGGUAUUACACUGGUCCAAAUGUAAUGUCUAACAGAAUGGAUAUUUCAGUGCUCUGCUUUAUGCAAAUGCAACAUAUUGUUAUAUAUAAAUGUUCAACUUAUAUACACUUGAUUUAAACUGUUAUUGUUUAGAAUAUAAUUUUCUUUGGAAGUUUUGACCAAAUUUGACAUGGUACUACAAGGCUUCCACUGACAUAAUCCUACUGCUUGGGGACAUACUAAGUCUAUAUGUUUAAGUCUUACCAAUCAGUUAAAAAAAAGAUAUUUAUAAUGUAACUCCUGUAAUAUGUAGUCACUUGUUACGUAUUUCUUUACAACUCUCAUUAAAAUGUAUAGAUGUAUAUUACUGUAUAUUUUUAUUCCAAAAUACAAAGACAGCGUAAUGAGUGAACAAUAAAGAUAUUUACUCAGGAAAAAA